AAGAGGCCGUCUCGGGUAAACCAUAGUCCACUCUACGGGCAGGUCUCGUCAGGUUGCAGGACGUUGAAAGAUAUUAGUGUUUCUAAUUUUUCACACUAAUUGUUGUUUAUAGUCUGUUUUAGAGCCAUGAAUCCUGAUAUUGCGAGAGAGCGUGAGAACGCUACAUUUGACGUCAAUAAACUGACCAAUAUUUUGGACGGCGGCCCAGAAAAGACCGCUAGACGACGAGAAAUUGAGUCAUUGGUUUUCAGCGACCCAGACUUUAAAGAGGACGACCCAAAUUUCCUGUCCCGCAGUGAACGCUAUGAUCAGGCUGUUAGAAAAAGUGUUCAAAUGAUCUUGAAGCUCAGAGAGUAUGGCAUUGCUGACCCAGAAGAGAUCCAGCACUAUAAGAGUAUGGUUAGUGUCAACAGGCCUGAGGCUAUGGGUUUACACUUUGCCAUGUUCCUCCCAACCCUGUACAACAUGUGUGACCCUGAGCAGUCAAGGAAAUGGUUGCCUCUGGCAGAAUCCUGCCAGAUCGUGGGCACGUAUGCCCAAACUGAGAUGGGUCAUGGCACACACCUCAGAGGGCUGGAGACCACAGCCACAUAUGACCCAGCCACACAGGAGUUUGUCUUGAACAGCCCCACUGUGAGCUCCAUCAAAUGGUGGCCUGGAGGACUUGGAAAGACCUCCAACUAUGCCAUAGUUUUGGCCCAGCUGUACAGUCUUGGAAAUUGCCAUGGUCUGCACGCUUUCAUUGUACAGAUCCGUGACAUAAGCACACACAAACCCCUGCCAGGUAUUGUAGUUGGAGAUAUCGGCCCCAAGUUUGGCUUUCAUGAAGUUGACAAUGGCUUCCUGAAAUUGGAGAAUGUACGAAUUCCACGGGAGAACAUGCUGAUGAAAUACUCCAAGGUGGAGCCAGAUGGAUCUUAUGUGAAGCCACCAAGUGCCAAGCUGACCUAUGGCACUAUGGUGUUCAUCCGCUCCAUGAUUGUUGGCGCGUCAGCAGUGGCCCUUGCAAAGGCUAGCACCAUCGCCAUCCGCUACAGUGCUGUUCGUCACCAGUCUGAAAUCCGUGCGGGAGAGCCAGAGCCUCAAAUCCUCGACUACCAGACUCAGCAGUACAAGCUGUUCCCUCUGCUGGCUAUGGCCUAUGCCUUCAAAUUUGUUGGCCAGUAUAUGAAGCAAACCUACCACCGCAUCAGUGAAGACAUCAACCAUGGGAAUUUCAGUGAGCUGCCUGAGCUCCAUGCCUUGUCUGCGGGUCUGAAGGCCUUCACCACAUGGGAAACCAACUCUGCCAUCGAGGUGUGCCGCAUGUCAUGUGGUGGCCACGGUUACUCUCAAAGCAGUGCCUUGCCAGACAUUUACGUCGAUUUCACCCCUACCUGCACCUACGAGGGAGAGAAUAGCGUCAUGAUGCUGCAGACUGCCAGGUAUCUGGUGAAAAGCUACCGACAGGCCAAAGCAGGCCAACGGCUGAGCGGUAUUGUGUCAUACCUGAAUGAAGCACAGAAUCGGGGGGUGCAGCCACAGCCCGUUGCUGCUAGACCGACCGUGGUUGACGUUAAUGACCUGAGCAGCCUGGUGGAGGUCUACAAACUCCGAGCUGCCAUUCUAGUUGACUUGGCAGCGAAGAGCAUCCAGCAGGAGUUGCAGCGCAGGAAGAGCCAAGAGGAUGCCUGGAACAACAGCGCUAUCGACCUGGUCAGAGCCUCAGAUGCCCACUGCCACUAUGUCGUAGUGAAGCUCUUUGCUGACAAGCUGGGAGAGGUUGGUGACACUGCAAUACACUCAGUGCUGUCAACCCUGGCUCUGCUCUAUGCUCUGCACGGCAUCACAAAGAACUCUGGAGACUUCCUCCAGGCUGGACUGCUGAGUGUGCCCCAAGUGAUGCAGAUUUCUCUUCGUAUCAAGGAGCUGCUCUCUCAGUUGAGGCGCAACGCUGUGGCACUUGUAGAUGCCUUUGACAUCCAUGAUAAGAAGCUGAAUUCAGUUCUGGGACGAUAUGACGGGAAUGUCUAUGAGCACAUGUUCGAGUGGGCUCGCCGCUCACCUCUUAACGCCACAGAGGUCCAUGAAUCCUUCCACAAGUACUUGAAGCCUUUGCGGUCCAACCUGUGAGCUGACCUUAACUGGACCUUCCCUCCUGACUGUGACCCUUCAAAUCUACAUACAUGGGCACAAGUGUAACAGUGCUAACCUCUCGUAUCGACCCCAUGAUGCUUUUCAUUUGCCAUCACCUUAUAUAUACCAGGAAGCUGAACACAAUCAGUCCCUCUGAAGGCCAUGGUAGACAGAAAACUAACCCUCUGGAAUAAUGGAGAGAUGAUAUAACAAAAAGACAGGGGUGGAUAGAAAAUGAGAACAAAAUCAGUGAUGAGUACUAAUGAAAUAAAGUCAGUCUGUGUUCACAAAAUAGCUUUAAUAAUACUAAAAAACAAUCAGAUUUACUGUUUUAGAUUGCCAUGUUUUCCCAGCAGAAUGCCCAUUGUAAAGUUUCUAAGUAUCUCAUCCUUCACAUCUUCAUUUUCUGCAGUGUGCCUGAAGCCUCCUCUCUGAGCCAGUCAAGAUAGAAAUGCCAUCACUUUCUUUUUUCUAAGAAGAACAGAAUGCCAUUAUGAAUGUUACAUAAUGUUAACGAGCAAACUAACAGCAACAUUUGUUUUGGCCGUUUCCCCUGAUUACAAGGACCAACAUGCUAUUUAAAAAAAACUGAGUGUUGUUUGUAAUAUCUGUUGAAAAGUCAGUAAUUUGUUCAUGAGAUUCAUCAGUUCGGUAUAUAUUGAAUCACUUUCACAAGGUUGCUCAGAGUCAGCUAAGUCUGCACCCAUGAAAUAUAUUAUGACAGACUUAAACAAAACUUAAUUGCAGUUUGCACUGAGCAAAUUCUCCUGUAAAAUGCUAUGAUAAAACUGAUUUUUGCAUUGUUGAAUAAAACCUCUGCAUACACCAUCAGGUAGAUGUUUCAAUCAAAAUGUGUAAUUUUAGUACAAAAUACUUCAUCCUUGUGGUGUAGAAAGAUGUCUGGUUGAAGUUGUUGGUUUCCUCCUUUGCAGAGAACUUUGGCUGUGGUCACUUUAAAUCUAUAUGUCACUUUGUUGUCCCACAAGACAGAAAAAAAGCUGUAACAGUAGAGCAAUCUGUAUUCUCAGUUCCACCACCUUUUUUGUCUGUUGCUGUAUAAUGAAUGUCAUUUGACUAAUCCAACUUGACAUGCACUGGCACAGAGGUUAAUUGUACUCCAUUGAUAGAAACUUGGCUCAACGGACAGCCGAGAGGUCCACAAUAGGACAAUGUAUGAGACAGUGGAAUGAUUUGGGGCUUUCAAACACUUAUAGGAGAUUAAAUUCAGCACUUUGUGGUCCUAAAUUCUUCAGUUUCUGACAAAUUUGGCUGAUUUUGCAGCUGUGUGUUGGAUCAUUAGAAUGAAUGAUUUUACUAGCAUUCACAGAGUUUAGAGUGUGUUUGUGUGUCAAAGUUUUCUGCAGAUGAUAUUGCAAGGUUCAGUAUGUCAAACGUAUGAAAAGCCCCUGUGAGAGCAGUAAGCUUGAAUUUCUGGCACCAUUCAUUUAAGCCACAUAUGCACUGUGUAUGUGCAUUAGUAUUCUCCCUCCCUACUGUGUGGGGUUGAUAUAUUAUGAAGGGUUGCACCCCGGUCAGUAUCUGGUUCAUUUUCUAGUUUGCUUUUAAUCAAGCACAUUUUAGACUAUAAACUGUAUAACUUAUGUGUAGAUCACAGAUUUAGUGUUUUUUUGUUAUUAGAGUUCACAAAACAAUGUUUUUAGGAAAAUCUGUAUAACUAGACUUAACCAGCAAAAAUAUAACAUUUCAGAAUUGGUAGAUUUGUGCACUUUUGUUUAUCUCAGACUGUAGUCAUUAAUUUUUCUCUGUAAGCAAUCAAAUGCCUAAGUAGGAGCUACUGGAAGUGAGUAAAAUUAGUAACAGAGCUACUAAAAUACAUUUUUCUGAGAUUUUGUGACUGUAAUGAUAUUAUAAUGGAAAGAGAGCUUUAUUCUAAUGCCUCACUGUAAACUGUAAAGAUGAUUUGUGUGAUAAGUAUGUGCCUGAGGAAGGUUUCUUUCCUUAACUAAUGGAGAAUGUUCACUCAGAAGGCUUCUCGUGUUUUAUUUUCUGUAUUUACAUAAACCAGAAAUCAUUUCUUCACAGUGACUAAGCUGUUUGUUAAGCAUAUUUGUGUGAUAAUUUGUCAACUUGCUGAUUUUUAAUGAUUGGUAAAUAAUUUGACUUGAACUAUCUUAAUAAAAAAGAAAUAAUUAG